AACCCACAUUCAUAAACAGCCAGUCGCUACCAGUGCCAGCACCUCCCACCUGCAAGUACGGCAGCUGUUCCUGAGGGUGCAGGGUCUCCCCAGCUGUCUGCUUUCACCAGGGCUGCUGUCCCCAUCAUCUCCGAGAAUAAACUCUGAAACUAGUGGCUGUGUGGACCUGAAUCAUCGGGGAGCCUGUCGGAGACGGGGGAGUGACUUCCCGGGAUAAGCAAGCAGGCUAUAUAAGCUCCGGAGGGCCAGGCUCCACACAGAUCUCUUCCCUCGCUACUGUCUGCCAGAGAGGCACCUUCAGAGAGCCAGCUCUUGCCCGGCACCCAUCAUGUCCCAGGCCGGUGCUCCAGAAGCUCCCAUCAAGAAGAAGCGUCCCCCUGUGAAGGAGGAGGACCUGAAGGGGGCCCGAGGGAACCUGUCCAAGAACCAGGCAAUCAAGUCCAAGACCUACCAGGUCAUGCGGGAAUGUGAGCAAGCCGGCUCAGCUGCCCCGUCCGUGUUCAGCCGCGCCCGCACAGGUACAGAGACUGUCUUUGAGAAGCCCAAAGCUGGACCUGCGAAGAGUGUCUUUGGCUGAAAAGUGCACAUCGCACCCCUCUCCACCCCAAGCACCUGGACACAGGAGCCUUUCCCACGAACUCUUUUUUUUUUAAUGUCAAAAUGUCCUUCCCAGCUGUCUCUGGGCCUUCUGCCCUGCACCACAGCCCUGACCCUUUGGCACCAGAACCUUGGAAACACCAAUAAAGAGCAUGCCCAAGUGGCCUCAGCA